UUUCUGAUUAGAGGUUUUGUUGAUAACGAACCUCAUUUAGGACCACUAGGAAUGAGAUAAAAGAAGGGCUUUUGUAAUCAGUCUUCUUCGUUUAUUUCUCCAAUUCUAAGUUUUAAGAAUUUUUCUUGUUGUUGUAAUUGUUAUGGUAGAUGAAUAAAGCUUGGGUGGGUCUUGAGAAAGCGUCAGAUGGAAACUUCUUGUCCAAUGUCGGAUCUAAGCUCCAAGUAAUAAUAACUAUCUCCACUUCAGAUUUUCUUUUGUUGCCCAUCUUGUUUCAUGAAUAUUGUACCUACCCUUUUCUCUUGCAUUUUGAUAAACAGAGUAUGCAACAUUUUUGUGGAUCCUCCUGUCCAGAAUGUGUUGAUAUCUCAGCCAGAUCAGGAUUGGCCAAUGCCCAAGAUGAGGGUGAGAGGUUACUGCAUCAUGUGUGAAGAUCUCUUGAGUUUCUGACAUCAGAGUUCCAUUUUCUGAACUGAUUUCAGAACUUGAAAUAUGUUUUAGACUGUUUAGGAACCCAAAAUUAGAAUCUACCAUUGGAGCAUGCCAUUUUACAGAUUUUUAAAAAUGUUUUUAAGUUAAUUAUUUCCAAUAUUAUAAUUACAAACAUGCUUAAAUACUUUUUUUGGCACCCAACCGUUGAACAUGCUCUAACUACUCUUGACCUUUUCAUUUAAUGAUUUUUAUGGUCAAGUCCCGCCUUUGACUAUUCAAACGUAAAGACUUUUAAAAGUAUUUGCGUUUCAACGUCAAGAACACUUUGUAGAAAGACUAGUCAUAAUGUGAGUCAGUCAAGCUGUGUUGGAUUUAUUAUCUUUGUAGAUUAGAGUGUAUUAUGAUUAUUAUGUUUAUAAAAGAGAUGCGUAUGAAACCAUGCAUGUUAUUUACCAUCUCACAAUUUCCAGUUUUCUUCAUUAUUUUAUAAUUCAAGGAAAUUAAAAUGAAAGGCUUGUGGAACUCGACGGGUAUUAUUCCAAUUACUCUUUCUUUUGUUUUAUUUUUCAUUUGUUAUUUCGAAGACGUGCUUGGGGAUCCUCCUACUAUUACGCAGCAUUUUUUUGUGUCGUCCCGAACAAAGGGAUGCACUUCUUGCUUUCAAAAACGAGUUUCAUAUUGGGAAGCCUAAUCCUUCUUGUAUGCGGUAUAAAAUUGAAUCUCAUCGGAAGACGGAGUCAUGGGGGAAUAACAGCGACUGUUGUGGUUGGAAGGGUAUCACGUGCAAUGCCAAGUCCGGAGAAGUGGUCGAGCUAGACCUUCGCUGCAGCUUUCUCCAUGGCCGGUUUCAUUCCAAUAGCAGUCUUCAAAAACUUCCUUUUCUAACCACUCUUGACCUUUCAUUUAACGAUCUUAGUGGCCAAAUCCCGUAUUCCAUUGGAAACAUUUCUAAUCUUAUCAAUCUCGGGCUUUCUGAAAAUUAUUUCAAUGGUCGGAUUCCAUCUUCUAUUGGAAACCUUUUUCAUCUCCUCUAUCUCUACCUUAAUGGUAAUCAGUUUAGUGAUCAGAUUCCAUCUUCAACUGGAAACCUCCAUCGAGCUAUGGCUUAAUGAUAAUCAAUUUUCUGGUCAAAUUCCAUAUUCAAUUGGAAACCUUUCUCAUCUCACCUCUCUCCACCUUGGGAGAAACAAUCUCGUUGGUGAAAUCCCAUCUUCUUUUAGCAAUCUAAACCAACUAAACGCCUUAUUUGUUGGUAGCAAUAUGCUCAGUGGAAAUUUUCCCAAUGUACUAUUGAACUUGACAUGUUUGUUACUGUUAUCACUCUCCAACAAUCAGUUCAGUGGCGCGCUUCCUCCUAAUAUCGCUUCACUAUCAAACUUGAUAGAUAUUGAUACAAUUGGCAAUGCUUUCACUGGAACUAUCCCUUCUUCGCUCUUCACCAUUCCUUCUUUGACUGGAAUUUAUUUCCGUAAUAACCAACUCAACGGCACUCUUGAGUUUGGGAAUGCAUCUUCACUGUCUAACCUAAAAUGGUUAGUCAUUGGCAACAACAACUUCAAAGGGCCAAUCCCGAGAUCCAUUUCAAAAUUAGUCAACCUCUUUGGAUCUUGACCUUUCUCAUUUCGACACCCAAGGCCGCCCAGUUGACUUUAGUAUCUUCUCCCAUCUCAAGUCUCUCCAAUUUCUGUUCCUUUCCUAUUUAAACACCACUACUACGAUUGACUUGUAUGAUAUCUUAUCAUAUUCCAAAAGCCUCUCUUAUUUAGAUCUCUCAGGCAACCAUGUUUCAACAACAAACUCGGUUUCAAAUCCCCUUUCAGAUGAGAUAGAUUAUUUGAGCUUAUCAGGCUGCGGUAUCACCGAGUGUCCAGAGCUCCUAAGAACCCAACAUGAAAUGAUGAGUCUAGACAUCUCCAACAACAAAAUCGAAGGUCAAAUUCCUAGCUGGUUAUGGACUCUACCAAAGUUGUUCUUCGUGAAUAUUUCCACAAACACUUUCAUCGGUUUCAAAAGAUCAAAGAAGAAACAAGGAUUAUCCUCUGUCUGGAAAUCGUCUAUAGUUCACUUGCUUGGCUCCAACAACAACUUCACGGGCAAGAUUCCUUCUUUCAUUUGUGCAUUGCGUUCUGUAAGCACUCUCGAUUUAUCUAAAAAUAACUUAAACGGUUCAAUCCCUCGUUGUAUGGGAAAUCUCAAUAGUACUCUUUCAAAUCUAAACCUUCGGCAGAAUAAUCUUAGUGGAGGUAUUCCAGAGGAUAUAUUUGAAAGUCUAAGGUUGCUUGAUGUCGGUCAUAACCAACUUGUGGGAAAGCUUCCAAGAUCUCUGAAUGGUUUCUCAACUCUUGAAGUUUUGAACGUUGUAGGCAACAGAAUCAACGACACGUUUCCCUUAUGGUUGGCUUCUUUACAACAGCUACAAGUUCUUGUCCUUCGCUCCAAUGCAUUCCAUGGACCAAUACAUCAAGCCUCGUUCCCUCAGUUGCGAAUCAUCGACAUAUCACAUAAUCACUUCGACGGAACUUUGUCAUCAGAUUACUUUUUGAAGUGGACUGCUAUGUCAUCACUUGGGACCGACGAAGAUCAGCCUCCCGAAAAGUAUAUGGGAGGUGGAUCACGCAAUUACAUGGGAGAUAAAUCAGGCUAUUACCAUGAUUCAAUGGUUUUGAUGAAUAAAGGUGUAGAGUUGGAGAUGGUAUGUAUCCUUAAAAUCUACACAGCAAUCGAUUUUUCGGGAAACAAAUUUGAAGGAGAGAUUCCAAAGUCCAUCGGUCUAAUGAAAGAGCUUCAUGUGCUCAACUUGUCAAACAAUGCUUUCACUGGCUGCAUCCCUUCAUCUAUUGGGAACCUGAAAGCUCUCGAUUCGCUGGACGUUUCCCAAAACAAGCUUUCAGGAGAAAUUCCACAAGAGCUAGGGGAUCUCUCUUUCCUUGCGUACAUGAACUUCUCUCAUAACAAACUUACAGGCCUAGUACCAGUGGGCACUCAGUUUCUAACGCAGCCUUGCUCUUCUUUUGAGAACAAUAUGGGACUUCUUUUUGGCCCUUCUUUUGACGAAGUUUGCAGAGAUAUUCACACGUCAGCAUCGCAUCAAACACCGGAAUUAGAGGACAAAGACGAAGAGGUGAUUAGUUGGACAGCAGCUGCGAUAGGAUUCAUACCUGGUAUUUCCUUUGGAUUUACGGUUGGAUACAUAUUGCUUUCCUACAAACCAAAGUUGUGGUUCAUGAACCCUUUCGGUCGAAACGAUCGUAGAAUUAGGAGAAGCACUCCAACUCACUAGAGAGGGUGUCCAAGAAAACAACAAGAAUGAGGCGUGAGAGAGAAAGCUCAUUCUAUCUGCAUUUAUGGUUUGAUAACGUUUAAGAGCUCUCAUUGCUUCUCCAUUAUUAAACAAGGAUGAAAACUUCAGGUGCCUCACCAAAACUAGCAAAGAUCUCUCUUUCUCAAGUGGCUAGUUAAUGAAUUUCUUAGCGCAUUUUGCUUGUGAUUAAGUGAACCAGAAGAACAUGUACAAGCUUCGGAAUGGUUCAAAGCUUUUAGUUUCAUGUAAUAGUUAAAAUCAAACCUAUUUAUGUCGAAGAGCAAUGGAAGUGAAUAAAAAAAUAUCAUAUACCUAUUUUUCAGCAAUACAUACUGAAACUGAAGCAUACAAAGUCAAGGAUUAUAAAUAAAAGAGGAAAGAGUAUUCCUUUAGAGUGACUUUCAAACUCGGGAGUCAAAUC